AUUGAGAGUAUAUGUCCAAAGAAAUCAUCAAAAUUUUGUAUUCAUCACUCUCUCUAUCCAUCCAUUAUCAUGCUUAUCACUUCCAUUCUCACCUUUUUCUUUUUCCUCUCUUCUCAGCCUGCGACGGUGGUGCUCUCCGCCAAGUGCACCACCGCCACGGCCGCCAAGAAGUUCGAGAAGUGCACUCCUUUGCCAUCUCAAGACGCGUCCAUCGCGUGGACCUUUCACGCCCAUAAUGCCACGCUGGACGUUGCUUUCUUUGGGUCUUUUAUUUCGCCGUCCGGUUGGGUCGGGUGGGGAAUCAACCCCACCUCCGCCGAGAUGACCGGAACGCGGGCCCUAAUUGCCUUCCCGGACCCGAACUCCGGCCAGCUCGUGCUUCUGCCGUACAUCAUCGACCCCACCGUGAAGCUCCAGAGGAACCCGCUCCUUUCCCGCCCGCUCGACGUGCACCUUCUGUCGUCGUCCGCCGCCAUGUACGGCGGGCGUAUGGCCACCGUGCACGACGGCGCCACCAUCCAAAUCUAUGCCUCCGUGAAGCUGGUCCCCAAUAAGACGAAAAUACACUUCGUGUGGAACCGGGGAGUGUACGUGCAAGGCUACUCGCCCACUAUCCACCCUACUACCAUUAACGACCUGGCCUCCGUCUCCACCAUCGACGUCCUCUCCGGCAGCUCCGCUGAGUUCCACGGCAGCGAUUUUGCCACGCUGAAAAUCGUGCACGGUAUCCUCAACGCCAUCUCCUGGGGGAUCAUGCUCCCCGUCGGUGUGGUCACCGCCCGAUACCUCAGACACGUACAGUCACUGGGCCCCACAUGGUUCUACGCACACGCAGGGAUACAACUCUCCACCAUUGUACUAGGAACCAUCGGAUUCGGGAUCGGACUCCGGCUAGGGGAGCUCUCUCCGGGGAGGGUAUACGGGCUCCACCGGAAGCUGGGGCUGGCGACAUUCUGCCUGGGGAUUCUGCAAACGAUGGCGCUGUUAUUCCGGCCAAAAACGACGAACAAGUUCCGGCGAUACUGGAAAUCGUACCACCAUUUCGUAGGGUACGCGUGCGUGGUGUUGGGAGUGGUGAACGUGUUCCAGGGAUUCGAAGUCAUGGGGGAGGGCCGAUCGUACGGCAAGCUGGCCUACUGCCUCUGCUUGUCCACGUUGGCCGGAGUUUGUGUGGCGCUGGAAGUGAACUCUUGGGUCAUUUUCUGCCGGAAAGCUAAGGAAGAGCAGCUGAGAAGAGAAGGGCUGAUGGGUGUCUCCGAUAAGUUCAGCGGCGGCUCUAGCACCCAUUAGUCGUCGUAUGAUUUUUUUUUUUUUUUUUUUUUUGUUUGAGAGAGAGAGAUAUUGAAGUAGCAAAUAGCAAUGGUGUUCAACUAUAAGCACUGUUUUUUGUGUUUUUUUUUUUAUUUUUUUAUUUGUGUAAACUAUGAGUACGGAUUAUAAAAUCAAUUUGUGUGUUCCGAAUUUGAAGGCACAAAAUAUUAUUUUAAUGAAAAAAUAACGCAUUUGGUUUA